AUGAAGGCGGACGGACAAGUAGACCCUAGCACCAAAGUUUUAAUGUCGGUCGAUAAAGAGAAUCUUCUCGCCGGAAACCCAAGCAACGACCGCUACAACGACCCUGCUGCCCGGAAGGCCCUUCUGGCCUACCGAGCCGAUUUUAUCCAUUCCGUGCUUCAGUUGAAUAACUAUGGACGCAAUAACUCAGGUCUAGUGGACGAAUUGGCCACCAGUUUUGACGCGGCAAUUUCCCUUGACCGGGACAUACACCUACGCAACAGCGCCGUGGAGUGGCAAGUUCUGCCGCCUGGACAGAACAAGUUUGAUCCAGACACUAUGGCAGUCGAGAACGAUGGUGUAAUCAGUUCGAGAGCGCUAGUCGUGCUGGCUCCCGGACUGAUCAAGAAGGGGCAUGAUGCGGUCGAGGAUGUCGUAUUGUGUCGAACGGAGGCGGGCAUGCUUUGUUUGCGGCACCUCCUAAUGAUCCAGGAGGCAGGUCACUUUACUAGGAUGCGCAACUAUUAA